AUGGAGUUUCCAGAUUUUGGUAAACAAUGUGCCAACAAGGACUGCAAACAAUUAGAUUUUUUGCCAGUCAAAUGUGAUAAUUGCCAUGCUGUGUUUUGUAAAGACCAUUCAAGAUUUGAUAGUCAUCAAUGUGUUCCCAUCGAAUCUACUAAUGAUUUGGCACCAAAGUUGGAUACAAUUUGGUUUGAAUGUACACAUGAUAGUUGUAUAUUGAAAAAUCCCUGUGAAAUGCUAUGUCCUAAGUGUAAUAAACAUUACUGUCUUGCGCAUAGACAUCAUGGUUGUCUUGAUGAACUUCCAGGGAAAGAAGCUAGAAAAAUUUUAAGAGACGCUGCUAAGAAAUCCAAAGACCAAUUUACAAUAGCUAAAGAAGAAGCUGAUAAAAAAAUUGAAGCAAGUCUAAGGCAAGCGGAAUUACAACCAGAAAAGAGACGUAUGGCCCAACAGAUUCGUUUAAUGAAACUUAAGGGGAAAGCAUUGGGUGAUAAUAAAAUACCAGUGAUUGACAGAGUUUAUUUUACUGUCCACCCACCGAUGAAAGAUAAUAAAGUUAUUUCACCUGUGCCCUUAUUCACCAGUAAGACCUGGACAGUUGGUAGAACAAUAGAUUUAUUUGCGGUUCGUUUGAAAAUUGAAAAUCGAAAUGAUAAAAGUAAUACUCCUAAACUGCGUGUAUUCAAACUAGAAGAUGGUGAACAUUUAUCGAAUAAAAUGGAUUCUGUAAUAGGUCAUAUGGUCACUGAUGGAUUAAUAUUUAAUGGAGAUUCAUUAAUUCUUCAUUAUGUUGAUGCUACAAAGAAUCCUAUCGAAAUAGAACCAGAAAAAUUAGAGGAAUAUAAACUAUCAAGUGUUUAAAUACUAAAUAUAAAGAAUUAUGUUUUUGUGUCCAUUAUAAUAAACAUUUUGUUAUACACAUUGAUAAAAAUUGUAUAUUUCUACAUUACACAAAUAACUUUGUUCAACAUAUGUUCACUGGUUUUGUAACUUAUAAUUUGAACGACUGUACUUAUUUUAUAUUAUUGAAAAACAAUUAAUAUAGGAUAAUAUUUUCAAUAUAA